UGAGUGCAUCGUGUAUAUUCUCCAUAAUAUAUAUUUUGUGAAUUUGAUAUUAGUACACUUGAGUACACUUUAUAAUGUUUGCAUUAAUGGGAGAAGUUAACUUUUGGACUUUUGAUGACAAUGUAAACAUAGAGGUCACAGAUUUCGGUGCAUUUAAAUAUCAUGAUAAACGUAUUGAUGGCACUUAUGAAGAAGGCAAAAGAUCAUAUUGUCAAGAGCGCGGAAUGACUUAUGUUCCAGAAAACAAAAAGGGAAAUAAAUUGAAACAUUCUAUUAAAUACUUAGAGGGUCAGCUCAAAGAUAAUUCUGUAAUUUAUUCUCAAUGGUAUGAUGAUUCUGUUGUACAAUUAAUGCUUAGCAAUGGCUUAUUGGUGCAAAUACAAGUUUGUCUCUUCAGUGGUGAUGUACAAGAAAUUAAUUUUGAUAAAUAUCUUGUAGGAAAGUUAUCUGAACAUAUAUCUGAUGUAAUUAUUACCAAAAGUCAUUUGGUUUGUACAUACAACGAUAAUCUAGUGACUCUGGUAUAUUUUACAAAAUCUAAAACACACAUCUUUGAUAAGAUGAGCAAGUUAGAACCCAAAUUAGUCACAACAGACUUAUUUAAACCUAAUGGACGCAGAUUGGAUAAGAAGAUCCAAGUAAACAAGUCUGCUAAUUUGAUAUUAAUUUGGCGAAAAUCUACAAUGAAUGAAGUUUACCCUUGGAGUCCUGCUAUGAAACAAUACCAUCGAGCAAAUAUGCAUCUCUUUAGGCUUACAGGAACAAAGUUAGAAUUGUUAUGUUACAUACGUACUGAAUUUGAUCCCUUGUGUAUUACGUUUGAUGCAUGCAAUGAUGAUAUUAUUCAUUCUGUAGAACAAAAAGUCUCAAGGAAGGGAGAGGUUACCGUCGAAUGGCGUACAUAUGAAAUCUCUCGGCAAAAUAAAUUAAAAAGGAUCGCUGUGAUUUCCGUGCAAUUGCCAACGCAUACAAGUUGUGUGAGAUUUUCACCAAAUCAGGAGAUAUUACUUUUAUGUUGCAUUGAUGGUACUAUUAUGAUGUACGACCAGAUUAAAUCGACGAGCAUCAGUGUAAAAGCUGCUUUUAUACCUACUUUAGCCUCCUGGCAUAGCGAUGGUAUAAUAUUUGUGGUAGGUAAUGAUAGAGGCCAGUUUCAAUAUUUUGAUAUUACUUUAAUGUGUAUCAAAAGUCAGACAUUAAGCAACGAGGCAAUGCCAGCGAAUAUUCUCGACUUAUCAUCAUAUUUUAAGAAUCAGCAUGCUUUGCUGCAUAUGGAAUGGAACAAGAAAAGUGAUCCAAAUCAGAUACGUUAUUACAACAAUGGCAAUUCUUUAUUCUUAUUACUUUUCGAACGAGGACCGAUUGGAAUUAUUAAAAUGAUUGAAGGCGAUACUUUCUCUGGGGAUGAAUUAGUUAGAAGAUAUUUGUCAGAGUCUCGAGCGGAACAAGCGACUUCCUUGCUGUUGUCAAUGAAUUGGGAUACGCAUCCACGUGUAUGCAUGCAUUCGCUUAAUCAAAUCUUAAACUAUUUAUUUAAGUUACCGCUAACAACAGAACGCGAAGGUAUGAUACAGAAUGCGUUAGGCAGUUUCCACAUACCUAUUAAACCAAUAAGUCAAACUGUCGAAGAAGAAUAUGGGGAUGAAGUAAGAGAUUUGACAAGGAGAUUUUUCCAUCAUUUAUUAAGGUAUAAGAUGUUUGAGAAGGCUUUCCGACUAGCUAUUGAUUUAAAUGAUCACGAUCUUUUUAUGGACAUACAUUUUUAUGCUGCACUUUUGAAUAAUGUGGAACUGGCAACUGCAGCCAAAGAAAAAGCUGAGAGUAUUCUAAGCAGAUCAAAUAGUUGCAGUGGUUCACAUUCCACAUGUUCAAGAACAUCAUGUUCUAUAUGUUCCGAUUCAAGCAAUGAGAAGGAAGAAGAGGAGGUGGAGGAGGAAGAGAAAGAAGAGGAAGAGGAAGAAGAGGAGGAGGAGGAGGAGGAGGAGAAGGAGGAGGAGGAGGAGGAAGAGGAAGAGGAAAAAAAGCAGAUAGAAGCAACAUAUAGUGAAGAGAGUGAAGAUUCUCAAAAAGAAAAACGACAUAAUCUGAAACGAUUGCGAAAGCAUCGUUACAGGAAAGCUUCGAGUUCAAAUCAAAUCCCACCCUUACCAGUUGUCCAUCCUCAUCAUACCACAAAGAGCACACUUUCUGUACCAUAUAAUAAUAUUCCGUCCACUAUUAAGACUGAUUACAUCUUAGUACCUUCAUCCUUUGACACUUCCAAUAAUAUUUUAACAACUUCGUUUAAUCACUCUUCGCACAUUUCGAGCCCAUUUCUAUCAUCGACCUCUUUUAAUAAAUCAUUAUACAGUACACACUCGAAUUUUACACCAAUCAGCGCGGCGAGUAUCAUUAAUGAUUCUCAAGUGUUCAACAAGGCAUCAGACGACUUAAUGACCACGUCAUUUAGCAGUAUUUCUCUUAAUGAAUCAGAGGUAAUAGUGAAUGAUCAGUCUAGCAAUAAUUUCGACGGGAGAUCGUAUGAUCAAUCGUUACUUAAUGAAAUAUCAUAUUCUUUUAGUAGUUCCACUACCAAUGUAAUUACAACUUGCGCACAAGACGAUAGUUUUAUCUCUACUCCUUUCAAUAAGCCGAUAUAUGAAUCGGAAGACAUUCACUCUAAUAAUUAUUUGACGAGCUGCUUAAACGUUAUUGAUAAUAAUGUUAUGUCAACGUCAUUCGGUACUAGAAUCGCUAAAACUCCUAUCUCUCAGAGUAACUCUAUCAAUGCAUUAACAACGAACAAUAACUCUGCUUUUAUGUUACGAGACAUGAAAUCUUCAAAGAUAUCUGAUAAAUCAUUAACUAAAACUUUUAUCGAUAAUACUCAUACAAUGGAUCAAUUGCUUCUUCCGAAUAAUACUUGUAACAAUCUGAUGUCUACUUCGUUUAAUAAUCUUGAAGGAUAUACAACUCUUGGAAGUAGCAACAUUGCAUUUCCCAACACGUUUAACAAUGUCAAUGAUCAAGCUGUUAAAUUACAACAUCCUGUAACGGAAGAAAAAGAAACAAAUAUCACUGUUCCACCACCAUCUUCUUUGAUAGGUUCUUUCUCUAAUUGCCUUGAUGGUUUACCUAGAAAAAAUUAUCUUUUAUCUAGAAGCACUCAAGGUUUGCACUCAAAUAUUAAGGAAUUGGAGAAAUUUACAUCGAAUGCAACCCAUAUGCCGUUGUGCAUUUUACAAAAACGAAAUUCCACAAUGUCUAAUGUACCUGAAAAUCAGAAAACAUCUUUAUCUUUCAAAACAUAUAGAUACAAUUAUGAUCUAGAUUAUAUACCAUUUCAGGGUACUUGCAACGAUACAGACUUACAACUUUCACAGACAGUUAGCAGAUUUUCUUCACAAAAUUUUCACCCUAGCUACGGUAUACAUCAUGGAUUAUUUGAAAAUAGACACUCGUCGAGAUCUUCCCAAGUUAAUGCAAACGUUAAUAGAGAAACUAAAAUGUUUUCUAAUAUACCACCUCUGCCUGUAAUUAAUACGUCUAUCACUAAUUCAAAGAUUUGCUCUACAUGUCCAUCGUUUGCCGAUAUAUCAAGUUCUCUCUCUAACGAAAAGCCAAAGGUGAAAUUUUCAGACACUGUCACUCAUAUACUAGUACCUGGCUCAACUCAAGUAUAUAGACAGAAACGAUCUAUUACACAAGCACAUAUAACGGAUCCUAAACGUGAACUAGCUGAAAGUCUUCCACUUUGCCUUGGUAAUGAAGAUUACCUUAAAGAUUUUCAACCAUUGUGUAAAGAUAGUGUUGAUGAAAAAAUAAAAGAAUCUCCGAAGACUGAUGACAGUACAAAGAUUAAAGUAGUGCAUUUUGGUUUAUUAUAAACAAGUAUCUUAAAAAAAAAUACGUAUGUAUAUCGUAUUUGUUACAUGCGAGCAUAAACAGAGAGAUAGCACCAGACACAGAAGAAUAAUAAACAAAAUAAGUCCGACAUUAUUUAUAAUAAAAAUUA